GGGCAGAAGGGCAGAGUCUGGUCGCCGGAGAAAAAGACCUGUCGGACGAGAAAAGCUCAGGUGACGUUCGGUGCUAGAUUUGGCUGGUAAUGGCGGGAGAGAUUGAUGAGCCGUUCAGCAUUAGUUUUCAGGCUACAUCAUCAAACACAAAAUCUACUAACGCACGAACUAAGUCGAUGAGUCAAGGGAGUGGAGCUACAGGAAGAUCACACUUGGUCACAGCAGCAAAUAACAAGACCUUAUCUGCUUCUAAUAUACCUCAAUCCACAGGGGAAGUAUAUAAGCCUAGAGUUGAGUGUUCUCAAGUUGGAUUCGUCUCAACUUCACCAGAUGACAAUCACAGCCACGCUAAAAUUGCGACACAAAAUCUGGUUACAGGUAAGAAAGAUCGAGAGAAAGGUGACAGUAAUUUGCAGAAAAACCAUAUACUAGAGAGUAGUAAAGUUAGGAAAGACCGUAAGGUUGAUGGGAGGCCAAAAGUGGGAGCCUACAGAAAUAGCAGUGAGAUGGUUAGGAAGAACAUGAAAGGUGGUGGUAUCACCAGUGAUUCCAGCAUAGGUCAUUUGGCAAUGGUAACUUCCUAAACCAAUCCUCAGUAUUGGUACUCUCUUUUAACCCAUUCAUUUCAAAUUUGGCCAAGGUGGUCAUGGUCAUGCAUUGCACACAUUGAAUGAAACUGCAACACGAGUGACAAAUGCGCACAUUGAUGCACAGCAGCAGAGAAAUGACAUGGUUGUGGUAGGCUUUUCUUCUGUAGUAACAUUCCUUGCAACCAGUGUUGUAACUUCGGAAGUUUUGUAUAUGCAGCUGGUAAUGUUAGCUUAGCUAGAAUAUAUAAUAAUUGUCCCU